GUAACCCUGUUAUCAAUUUUUAUUCUUGUACCUACAUUGAGAGAAUCUAGCUAAGAUUAUAUAGGAAUAGCCCAAAUUUUAGUCAGAAGAAAAACCCUUUCUUCACUGAUUUCUAUACUUUCAUAGAGAUUAAAAAGAAAAAAAAAAGAUUGCACUUUUAUGAUAUUCGAGGGGAGAACAUAGAAGAAAAGAUUCGAGCUUUAUUUUCAUUUUUACCGUAAUUUAAUCUGAAUUGUUUUGUCCAUAGGCUUUUGCUCGUCUACCCGUGUUUGUGGGUGCUUUUUGUUUGAUCCAAUGGCUGCUGGUGCUGAGGUUUCUAUUGAGAGCCCAGUUGUUGCUAAGACCAUUACUGAUGAGAAAAUUGAUAAUUUUGAUUCUGUCGAGUCGAGGGAAAAUGAUGUGACUGAUAAUGGUCUUAAGUGUUCUGAUUCGAACCCAAACUCCGGUAUACAAAUGAAAGGAAUUGUUGAUAUGCUGCAGAAGCUCAAGUUGAACCCCAUGGCCAAGGAGUUUUUCCCAUCCUCCUACCAUCAGGGCCAAAUGGGGGCUCAAAAUUUUGUGCCUAGUGAAAUUUUUUUAGGAAAUGAUGGUUUUUCGAACAAUCGAAAGAGAAGGAUCAACUACAACCAAGUUAAGAAUAGAAUGGGUGGCAGAGCUUCUAGAGCUCAGAGAGAAGAUAGUAUUAGACGAACUGUCUAUGUUUCUGACAUUGAUCACAAUAUCACCGAGGAGCAGCUAGCUGCAUUAUUCAGUGGCUAUGGACUGGUUGUUGACUGUAGAGUUUGUGGAGAUCCACACUCCCAUCUUCGCUUUGCUUUUGUGGAAUUUGCCGAUGACUAUUCUGCUAGAGCUGCCCUUAAUCUUAAUGGGACACUUUUGGGUUUCUCCCCUGUGAAAGUUUUGCCUUCCAAAACUGCUAUUUUACCUGUGAACCCGACUUUUCUUCCCAGGUCAGAGGAUGAACGUGAGAUGUGCGCCAGGACAGUUUACUGCACAAACAUUGAUAAGAAGGUUACUCAAGCUGAUGUGAAGAGUUUCUUCGAAACAAGAUGUGGGGAGGUCUCACGCUUGCGGCUCCUUGGGGAUCAAGUGCACUCCACAAGGAUCGCUUUUGUAGAAUUCUUCAUGGCCGAGAGUGCAAUAGUGGCCCUCGAUUGUUGUGGUGAAGUUCUGGGAUCCCAACGCAUCAGGUCCGGU